AUGGAGCUAUGGUAUAAGACCAGACACAAAUCGUCACUCCUAACCACGGCUUCCCCGGGAUGGCAUCCUAUCACAUCACAUCGCACCACACAUUGUCGGCCUGUAGCACAAAUUAAUUAUAAUAUACCUAGUUUUGUUAGUUUGGAUGAAAAUGGUGUAUUUGAGGAAAAUGCUUCUCAACUGAAUCUGAGUUCUGCAGCAGCAGCAGUAGGUCAGCUGAAUGAUGAUUGUGAUGAAAUACUGAGAGAAAUACACAAGAGAGUGAAAAUAUUACAAGCCAAGGAGAGAAAAUUACAUGCUGAAAUCAAAUCAAUUGAAGAAGCUACCAUGAAAGCUUUAUCAACUAAUAAAGAAGUGAAAAAGGCUGUGUUGAAAGAUAACUUGGAAACCUCUAUAAAACAACAUGAAGAACUUCUCUCUUGUAUGGAGUAUGAAAAACAGGUUCUGAAAGAAAAAUUGAAAAAGAAGAAAUUGGUCCUUGAGAAACAAAAAGAAGUCAAACAAGCCAUUGAAAAGAAAGUACAAGAACUGGAAAGUGCUCACCAAGGACCUGAUAGGUAUAUUAGAGAAGCGAUAGAAAAAAAAGAACAAAUGGCUGAAUAUUUGGACCAGAUUGACAGCCAAUUAAGUGAUUUUUUGAUAAAACAUUUUCCCUCACCUGAAUCUAAGGAUUUACUGAAAGGGAUUCAUAAGGUGACGCCCUCAAGGCCAAAAUACACUAAUAUAUAUAAAAUAAUCAGGAAACUCAUGAAAAAGCAGUUGGAUAGUCCACACGAUCCUUAUAUUUCUAUCAUCGAUUCUUACUGGCCGAUGUAUAUAGAAUUGUUAAUUCGACAUGGUAUUGUAUUGCGGCAUCCCCAGAGAUCUGAUCAUAUUAGAUUAACGCCGUUCCACUUGUAACUGUCAUACUGUACUAUGUAGUAUCUUCCUCAAAGCAGUUUCGCAGUCAUCAAAUAUUGUGCAUUAUAAACAUUGCAUUGAACCCAUAUCAAAAACUCAACAGACUAGUAGAACUAUGUAGUUCAUCAGGGAGCAGGCC